AUGCAAGAUGUUUCGGUUUCGAACUCAAAUUCAACGUUGGUGAGCAUUUUUGAUGGUCAUUGCGCGUGAUAACUGUGAUUUUAGGUGAAAAUGAGUGAGAACGAGGAUAAACAGCGGCGAAAAACGAUUGCGUGGAAUGGGAUUGUGGCGACAGUUCCGCAAGCGGGCGGCGGCCGAAAAGAAGUCAUUCGGAACGGUUCGUUUUUAAUGGGGCUAUUCAGCGUAUGUUUCUUUUCCGUUUUUUUCGUUUUUUUACACCGCUGAAUUGGGCUUUUUGACGUAAAAAAACGAAAAAAACGGAAAAAAAAUCUUUUUUUUUCACAGCCUGAAUAACCCCAUAAGGUCCCAGAAAUUUAUUCUCUCUGAAAAUCGGGUCGACUAGUACUUCUUCAAUUGAAGUGAAACUAAAUGUCGCGCUGGAUAGCGUUUCGAUGAAACCGGACUUUUGACAAUUAUUAUUCUUCACAACACGGUCUCCAGAGCUGACAAUAUGGGCGUGGCCUCGGCGGCCAAAUGGCGUUUUCAUGAAUUGAGCAGGUUUUCUCUGAUUUUUGUCGUCAAAGGCGAUGAAAAAUGAUUGUUCGACAUGAAAACACACUAAUUCUCAGAAUUAAUGACGUUUUGGCGCAUUUUUCGCGGAUUUUGCUUUUUCGCCUUCGCCGCCGAUCGCCGCCUAAAAACCGCACUUCUCAUUUUGCGCUUUCUUGACCGUUUUCAGAUAGAAUUGAUUUUGAGAAUGAUAAAUCACGUAAAUACAAGCAUUUUGAGCGCUCGAACCGCGAAAAUUACCGAAAAGCAACUGAAAUUCACGCAGUUUUAGCCAAAAACCUUCAAACGGAUAAAUGUGAUUUGCGACUUGACCAAAUUUGACGCUCUUGCGCUUAAAAAAUUCGUAAUAGCCUAUAGAAUCGGUCUAUCGGGAGACAAAUCAGAAAUUAUCGGUUUUUUGUGGCUAUUCUGGCAAAAAACACAAAUUUUGUUCUUAAAAUUUGAAUUUCGCGCCAAUGUAUCGCUCUAUUGGGCGGGGCGCACUUGCGCCCAUUGUCAGCUCUGGAGACCGUGCACAAUAGUAUCGGAACGUUUGGAAGUGAAAGCGUUUCUCUGUUUGUCACACUUUCAGCACAGCGCAUUAACUUUGCUCUACAAGUCCAUCAUCAAUCUAACUAUUCUUGCAGUGAGCGGAGUGGCGGAGCCCGGAGAAGUGCUCGCUUUGAUGGGCGGAAGUGGAGCGGGCAAGACGACUCUCAUGAACAUUCUCGCGCAUUUGGACACGAACGGCGUCGAGGUCGGUUCGGCAAAGUUCGCGAUGAGAAGAGCAAAUUUCAGUACCACGGAGACGUGACCGUCAACGGGAAGAAGGUGUCGAAGCAGAAGAUGCGUCAAAUGUGCGCGUACGUUCAACAAGUCGACCUGUUCUGCGGAACACUUACAGUUCGCGAGCAGUUGACGUAUACGGUAGGUGUCAGAAGAGCGCCUCCUCCUCGAACAAUAACGAAGCUGUAGGCGUGGAUGCGAAUGAAGGACUGCAGUGCGGAGGAGAAGGCGGCGAGAGUGGAGAGUGUGCUGCGGGAUAUGAAUCUGUUGGACUGUCAGAACACGCUGAUCGGCAUUCCGAAUCGCAUGAAGGGCAUUUCGAUUGGCGAGAAGAAGCGAUUGGCGUUCGCCUGCGAGGUACACACUACUUUUCACUUUGCAACAGCCAUAUUAUAGGGGCACCGCACAGAAAUGGCGCUCUGUUGAGAAUGAGCGACCUCGGGGGCCGAGUUUGAAAAGUUAGGCCACAUUUUCAGUGGAAAAUCACUUCGCGGCCUAGAAAUUCGGCCAGAUUGCGAACAGCGCGCCAAUUCUGUCCGGUGCCCCUAUAAUAUAUGGCGACAAAAAACGUAGAAAGGGGCGUGGGGCCUAGCGUGCACGGUUUAUCACCAUUUUGGCGCGAAAUUCGAAAUUUAACCCCAUUUUUUAUGUUUUUCGUAAAAAACUACCCAAAUUUUGUACGGGUUUCGACGAUGUAAUUGCAUAACUUUGUUAAACUAAUCAUCGCGCGCACUUUUUGACCUUAAAACGAGCGGAUUUCAUUCAGAAAUGAAUAAAUUGAAUCGAUUUUCAAGUUUUGUGCUGAAAAUGCGCGAAUUUCAGUCAUUCGCCGAUACUUUUUGCCGUUUGAACGCUUAAAAUACUUGUAUUAAAGUGCUUAAUCACUUCCGACACUCACUUUGUCUCAAAAUUAUCCAGAUCGGCCGGUAUGAAAAUUCCGAAAUUGCGGCGGCGAUUGGCCGCGGAGAGCGUAUUGCGAAAUAUGCCAAAAACGUCUUAAACGCGGCGUUUUCACGAAAAUUUCAAUGUUUUCUCUCUUUAAUGUCUUCUUUCGUCGAUAUCAAACACAAAAAUAUCGGAAAAGUGCUGGAAAUGCGGCAAUUUUCAGAAAACGCGUCUCAAAUUAGGCCACGCCCCUUUCUACACUUUUGGUCGCCGUUCCAGAUCCUCACCGACCCACAAAUCCUGUUCUGCGACGAGCCGACGUCGGGACUCGACGCGUUCAUGGCUUCGGAAGUGGUGCGAGCGCUGCUCGACCUCGCCGCGCAAGGCAAAACGAUAAUAGUGGUGCUGCAUCAGCCGUCGAGCACCGUGUUCCGCAUGUUCCACAAGGUGUGCUUCAUGGCCACCGGCAAGACGGUCUUUCACGGCGCCGUCGAGCGGCUCUGCCCGUUUUUCGCCGCUCUCGGACCGGAUUUUCGCGUGCCCGAAAGCUACAAUCCCGCCGAUUUUGUAAUGUCCGAAAUGUCGAUGAGUGCCGAGACGGAACACGAGGAUGUGAAGCGGAUUGAGGUGAGGUUUUGGAACGGUCUGGAGUGGGACACAGAAUAUUAGAAGAUUGUGAACUUUCAGUACCUGAUUGCCGAGUACCAGAAUAGCGAAAUCGGUGUGGAGAUGUUGAAGAAGACGCGAACGACGAUUGACGAGUUUGGAGGGUACGGCGGCGACGAGGAGAAUGAGGAUCGGGGGUCAGUUGGGAACUAGAACUGCAAGCAAGAAAUUGAUUUCUCGGAAUACUGUUUCAAGUCCUCUAUUUAUACGUUCAGGCGAAAACCGUUUUCGAUCUCUUUUUUCGAAUAGUUUUUUGAAUUCUCGCCACGGUCUCCAAAGCUGCUGACCCGCCCAAUAGAGCGAUACAUUGGCGCGAAAUUCAAAUUUUAACACCAAAAUUUGUGUUUUUUGCCAGAUUAGCCACGAAAAACCGAUAAUUUCUCAUUUGUCUCUCGAUAGACCGAUUCUAUAAGCUGUUACGAAUUUUUUAAGCGCAAGAGCGUUAAAUUUGGUCAAGUUUGAAGGUUUUUGGCUAAAACUGCGUGAAUUUCAGUUGCUUUUCGCUAGUUUUCGCGGUUCGAGCGCUCAAAAUACUUGUAUUUACGUGAUUUAUCAUUCUCAAAACCAAUUCUGUCUGAAAACGGUCAAGAAAGCGCAAAAUGAGAAGUGCGGUUUUGAGGCGGCGAAGGCGAAAAAGCAAAGUCCGCGAAAAAUGCGCCAAAACGUCAUUAAUUCUGAGAAUUAGUGUGUUUUCAUGUCGAGCAAUCAUUUUUCAUCGUCUUUGACCACAAAAAUCAGAGAAAACCUGCUCAAUUCAUGAAAACGCCAUUUGGCCGCCGAGGCCACGCCCAUAUUGUCAGCUCUGGAGACUGUGUUCUCCUCAAAAAUUACAGUUUCACUAGCCCUAUCAGUUUUGAAAAAAAUUCAAAUUCGACAGUCUGCAAUAAUCGUCCCCAUUCAACUUUUCCCGGUUUUGUGUGGUGUUCACCGAAGAAACUGACGAUUCAAAACGAUGUAUCUCGGCUGCCGGUGGAGACAUUAAAAAGUUGUCAACAGACAAAAUGUACAAAAUUUCCAACUGAACAUUUGAUCAGUUGACGACUUUUUGAAAUCUCCACCGGCAGCCGCCGAGAUACUCGAAACUCUUCGUUUCAGUGCCCGCUACAACUCGUCGUUCGCCACGCAGUUCCGCGUGCUCCUCAAACGGUCGCUCAAAACGACACUCCGCGAUCCGCUGCUCCUUCGCGUCCGUUUCGCACAAAUUGUGGUAUGGCCUAGCUUUUCCUCGUCCCCCCCCCCUCACGGCCUCCAUCCAAUCAUUUCUAGGCCACCGCCAUUCUCGUCGGAAUCGUGAACUGGCGCACCGAGCUGAGCGGUCCGACAAUUCAGAAUUUGGAGGGUGUCAUGUACAAUUGCGCGCGCGACAUGACAUUUUUGUUCUAUUUUCCGUCGGUAAACGUGAGUUUUUGACGCGCUUCCCGCCGAAACUCGAAAACCUUGCCCAAUUUUUGCAGGUAAUCACGUCGGAACUGCCCAUAUUUCUUCGUGAGCACAAAUCGAACAUCUACAGUGUCGAGGCGUACUUUCUCGCGAAAUCGCUGGCCGAACUGCCGCAAUACACGGUGCUGCCGAUGAUGUACGCGACGAUCGUCUACUGGAUGGCCGGUCUGACCGUGUCCGCGCACGCGUUCCUCGUCUUUGUGUUCGUCUGCGUCACACUCACCUGGGUCGCCGUCUCUGUCGGUCAGUUUACGCGUGUUUUAGCCUGUUUCAGGCAGACUUGCCAAAUUACGGGCCGGCCCGGCUCAAAAGGCGCGAAUUCAAAUUUUUUCGUUUUUUUUGCGGAGAUCAAAAUUUAAAAAAAAAACUACGACACUCCGACAUUACGGUCUCGCGCGCUCUUUAGCCAUUUUUUUUAAUUGGAUGGAGGAAAAUUCUACUAGUGCCCAAUAAAAAUCGUUAUUAUUUUCUUCUUUUUUAAUUGUUACUAAUUGCUUUGAUGCCGAUAAAAACUAUUUUUGAGAACUACAUUUGUUUUAAAUGCUCGAUACUUGCAAAAUUCGUUAGUUCUACGAAAAACAAACAUUUUAUUUAAUCAAUAGUUCAAAAUUUGGAUUCCCGCUUUUCGAACCGGGCCGACGGGCCGGAGUUUUGAAAUUUUCGGCCCGGCCCGUGGCAACUCUGGUUUCAGGAAUCGUUUUUGAGUCGCAUUUCUGGUAUUGUAGGCCCAAUUUAUCGUUCAGAAUAUUGACAUUCCGGGCGUUGUACACGAAACCAAUCGAUUUUUUGUGAACUUUAUGAAACGGUGUCCGUUUUUUGUUGCAGCGUACGUGGGCGCGUGCAUCUUUGGCGACGAGGGUCUCGUCGUCACUUUUAUGCCAAUGUUCGUGCUGCCGAUGCUCGUGUUUGGAGGUAGGCGGUUGCGAAAAACGGUUGCGAAGUGUCCAAACCGGAAAAAUAUUGUAGGCUUCUACAUCAACGCGAACAACAUUCCCGCCUACUUUCGCCACAUUUCCUACGUCUCGUGGUUCAAACACGGAUUCGAGGCGCUCGAGGCGAACCAGUGGAACGGGAUAUUGUCGAUCCCCGGCUGCUCGGGCGCCAAUUCGACCUCCUCCUCGAACGGAUAUUGUCCGGCGGCGGACGGCGCCGGAAUUCUGGAGCGACGUGGCAUCGAGACGCCCCUCUUCGCGAACGUUCUCGUCCUUUUCGCCUCGUUUUUCGUCUAUCGCAUCAUUGGAAUGAUGGCGUUGAAAAUGAGAGUCAGAUUUGCAAAAUGA